CCUCGAUUGAAGUCGGCAAUGGGCGAAUGAUCGUAGUAGUCGUGCCCAACAGUUUUUUGUGAAACGCAUAAUUGAAUUGAAUUGAAUUAUCUCUGCACCUACGAGAAGAAUAAAUUAAAUAUUUACUUAAGUUAGAAUUGAAUAAAAAGUAAGGGGAUGUCACAACAGGCUUUGAGAUCAACUGUUAAACAAGUAAAACCAAUUUUAUCAUUGAAUAAUGAAGAAGGACGUCAAAGGGUACUUAAUUUGUACAAAGCGUGGUAUCGUCAGAUUCCUUACAUAGUACAAACAUAUGAUAUUCCUAAAUCCAUUGAGCAGUGCAGGGAGAAAUUAAGAGAAGAGUUUAAUAAAUAUGGUCAAAUUAAAGAUGUACGUCUUGUGGAUAUGUUGGUUAUCAAGGGACAAAUGGAACUAAAGGAAACAGUAAACGUCUGGAAACAAAAGGGCCAUGUUAUGUCUUACUUCAAGGAUACAGUGGAACCCAAACCCAAAGAUUUUUUAUCAAAAUUUCUUUCUGGUAAAGAUUAAAAAACAUUUUUCUGUGUAUGUAUAGUGGUAAUUAAAAACUUCUAGUUACA